AUGAUGCCAUCCACAUUGUUCAUACAUAUCCUCCUCGUCACCGCCAUUGCCUUCUGCUCUAUCCCCACCGUUCGGUCAGAUUCCAAUCCAAUCCGAUUACCCACCCAACAGAACAACAACGAUGGUGAUGAUCUUGGUUAUGAUGUCUGUGGAGAAUGGAGCAGAAGACCCCCUGCCUCCUCCUGCCCCGUCAAGUGCUUUCGGCCAGACCCAGUUUGUGGCGUGGACGGCGUGACUUACUGGUGUGGAUGCGAUGAUGCUCGGUGCGCUGGGACCAAGGUGGCCAGAAAGGGUUUCUGUGAGGUUGGGAAUAAUGGGGCUGCUGCUCAGGCUCUGCUCCUUAGUUUGGAAAUCCAGAAUCAUUCUGUAUAUAAAACGGUUGUCCAAGGCAGCUAUUUGCUCCAAUUGAUUAAACACAUUCGCUAG